AGACACUCCAGUCCAACUGUCUUCAUUUUGGUACCGGAGCUCUGUUAGACUCAGAGAGACUUUCAGAGUCACUGCUUGAAGCUGCAGUGAAACACGAGAUUUUACACAAAGAUGACAGAAACAAACAAUAGUUAUAUUACCAGCAACACCUCAGAGAAGCCGGUUGGACCAUGUUCGAGGGAUGAUGAUAACAAACUGGGAGCAAAUCUGUCUUACAUUUACUACUUCAUGUUUGUCUUCAGUGUUAUCACCAACCUGCUGGUUCUGGUUAUCAUCCUUCGGUUUGAGAGGCUGUACACUGUGAUCAACAUCUUGCUGGUCAACCUGGUGACGUCGUCCCUGAUCUUGAUGAGCAGCCUUCCCUUCCAGGCCGUCUACAUGCAGAUGUCUACAUGGAUUUUUGGCUCAGCUAUGUGCAAGAUUGUCUUCAGCGUCUACUACCUGGGUUUUUACAGUUCUGUUUUCUUUCUAACUCUGCUAACAUUUGACCGUUACCUUGCUUUUGUACAUGUUAUGCCUGUAGUACAUGUAAGGAGUCGACGCAAUGCAAUCAUAUCCUGUGCAGUGGUGUGGGUGAUCAGUGGUGUGGCUUGCAUUAGGCCCAUGAUCCUGCAUGGCACCUUCAAGCAUUGGGGCACUGAGCACUGUGAGGAGUUUGCUCACAUUGAUGGUAUGAAUGUAGAGAUGCUCAAUAGAUCCGGAUUUUAUAUCCAGCUUUUUGUCUUCUUGUUCUUCCCUCUGACUGUUAUCAUAUUUUGUUACAUUAAGAUUGUGGUCACCAUUAAUAAAUCCCGAUCAACUGCUAAAUUCCAUGCAGUCAGGGUGAUAUUUAUGAUCGUAGUGUUGUUCUUCAUCUGCUGGAUCCCAUUGAACAUUGUAGAACUCCUGCAUUAUAAAUACGAGUCUGUUUUGAGCUGUGAAGCUAAAAAGAGUCUCGGUUACGCUCUUCAUGUCACCCGCAACAUGGCGUACAUUUACUUCUGCAUCAGUCCAAUGUUUUAUACAUUUAUUGGAAAAAAAUUCCAGAACCAUUUCAAACAGCUGAUGGUGAAAUGUUUCCCGAUAUUACGGGAUCAUGUUUCUUUUAACACAGACAUCAGAACAACACAGACUUCAAGAACAACACACACUUCUUAAAUUAGUCUUAAGAAGUGGGUUUAUCUCUGUGAGUUUGUCCUCAUUCACCCUGAGUCAAACCAAAUGCAAAGCAUUUAUGCUUUUUAAACUUCAGGCCAACUUUUCCGGCUGCAACAACACUCACUUUGACCUAAUGUAUUGUCAUCAUACUGAAUAAUAAUUGAAGAUAUUGGUACUAUUAAAGCUCAUGAGUAUGAGAGAUUCAAGUAUCGAACAGCUAAACCUACAGAUGGUGCCUAUAGAAUUGUUUCAUUUUGCUGUUUCAGUCGACGUUGAGUUAGCAUUUCUGUUAUAGUAAAGCUGAAAGGACACUCUUUACAUUGGGCGAGCCAGUGAGUUUUCUGGGUGUUUUUUUGGCACAAUUCUGUAUAAUUUCCCAAGCGUUGAGCAUGUCAAAAAGAACAUGUAUUCUGUCAUCUGAAAAGGGAAUGUGGCACACCUGUCGCCCUAACAAGACAAGUUGAUCAGUUUAAACUGAUAGGCCAACAGGAAGCGCAAUAAUCAGAGCAGUAGAAAAAAAGAGUAAUCCUGCCUGUGGAUGGGCUGCAGAGAGACACGAUUUGUUUACGGGUCUACAAUCUGCCAUCCAAUUCACAAACCUUGAUUUUAUGGGAGCAUUUCAAGACGGAUGACAGUUAAAAGGAAGGUCAACACAGGAGUUGGAGGCUACCUGUAUUAAAGACUGCAAACAUACAGCUAUACCUACAAUGGCAUGGAUUAGAACAAAGGGUGCCCAACUGUUAGAGCAGCAUAGAUUGUGAGUUUUGACAACGCACAGAAAUGGACAAAUUCAAAGGUGCGUUCCAGCUUUUUUGCAGAGUAAAAUGAAAUAAGAAUCAGAGUUGAAAGGCUUCGCUGGACAUAUUUCAGCCAAAUUUAUCAUAACAAUACUUAUACAGUGAUACAUCUGUAUUGUCAUAAAAUUCACAGUAAAAUCAUUUAUAAAUGGACAACUACAAUUUAUACUGUUGUAUUUAACAGUCUGUUGUUGUGUGUACUGGACAAAUUUUAUCAUCCCCUUGUAUUGUGUAGUUUGUUUGUUUUUUGCUUGGUGUGCCGUGCAUAGUAAGUGAAAAUGUAAAUAAAUCAGAAACUGGCCUGAAAUUAUGCAAAGCCAUUAAUAUAUGAGGAUAUAAGCUAUUUUUUUGUAUCCUGUACACUAAAUAAAUGUCUUCAAAAGUGUCUUCAUCAUGACUUGCUUUUUUUAAAAAUAAUAUUGCUGGGGAUUCCAGGAGAAAUUUACGCUGUCUGUCAGGUGCUGAAAAUACAAUACAAAACAAACAAACAAACAAAAACAAAUGCAAAAGAAAAUGCUGCAAACAAAAAAUUGCUGCAAUAACAGAAGCAAAAUCCUCCACUCAGCAAAACAAGUGCAAACCAAACAUGCUGGAACCACAAACAUUAUACUGCAUUCACAAAUAAGAUGCUGUCAUCACAAGAAAAAAAUGUCCUCAGAUUUUUCUUACAUCCAAGGAUAAAAUGCUCAAAAUAUCAACUAGAGUCAGAGUGACUGGUCCCCGGUGUCUUACACCAUAUAGUCCCUCUGAGUCCCCUUCAUUAGAAUCUCAAGACACCUCAGAAAAAAUGUCUUCUCCUGGACCUGAGGUUUUUAAAUUGAUAACUACAGAUACAGGCAAAUGCUGAGAGAUCAUGGAGGAAAACCUGUUAGAGCAAAGAUCUCCAACUGUCUUCUAAAGAAACUGUCUUACAGGUUUUAGAUGCAUCCCUGCUCAUACACAACUGAAUCAAAUCGGUGGAUGAGUACCAGGACUUGACGUAAUUCAAUCAUUUGACUCUGAUGUGUUUGAAGAGCAAUGUAUCUAAAACCUGGAGAACAGGAGCUCUUGAAGACUUGAGGACGGAAUCAAACCGACUCAGGUUCACCUUUCAGAGGGCAAUGACCCGAAACACACUGACACACGAUGGCAUGGCUUAGAGCAAAGUAUCCACUUGAUAGAGCAACAUGUAUUCUGUAACGUAGAAUAGGUACAAAGAGUAGAAUCAAUGGGAAAAUAUGCAAAUAUGUAAAUAUGUUAGCCAAAUCUAUCAAAUUAGUAUUUUAACAUUGUUCUUUGAAAAUGCUUUAAAGUAGUACAUUUGUUAGAGGUUGAGGAAAAGAGGGAGAAUGCACUGGAAGAAAAGAAAAGCAAAAUCAAAGCUGAGUAAUUAUUGGGAUCACAGGCAGAUGAAACAUAACUGAGCUGAAAGGGUGUUACUGAGAAUCUGUGAUUAAUUUUAAAAAUUAACAGUCAUGUUCCCCAGGUUACACGCAAGAACAUUUUGGAUUGGGUCUUUCGAUGGGAAGCUUACAGUUUGCUGUAACUCCUGUUCAAAUCUGAUCAAAACAAAAAACUUCAAUAACUGUUGGAAUUACCAGGCUUACUCUAUAACAUUAUCAGUACAGUAACAACUUCAUUCAUUUUGUUUUCAUGUGUUGUUUUGAGUGUUUUGUUAAGUGACAUCAUAACAAUGACAAAAAAAUUAUUAAUAGAAAUCAGCAACAUUACAAUCUUAAGCAGCAACAAACUGGUAUAUUACAUCUUGCUUACAUACAUGCACACUUUAUGUAAAAUCAGUGAAAAAAUAUCUGUCGCAUCUGUAUUAUAGUAAAAUAUUUCACAUAAAGUCUUUCUAGGAAAACAGCUAUUAUGUAUACAAUUCAACAAACUUUAUCCAAUAUUUGUCAGAUGAUCGGGAUGUUUCUGGUUUUGUUUUUUUUCUGUCUAUUGUGCUGCACAAUUUCUAACAUGGCAUUGUAUUUAUUUUUACUUAUAUUACUUAUAUUUUUUGUGUAUGCCAUGCAUAACAAAAAAAUAUGUAAAUAAAUCACAAACUGACUUGACAUCAUGCAAAACUAUUAAU